GGAGAAAGGAGGUGGGAAGGCAAGGAGGCCGGCCCGGCGGGGGCGGAACCCGACUAGCAAACUGUUGCAUUUGCUCUCCACCUCCCAGCGCCCCUUCCGAGAUCCCAGGGAGACAGCGUCCCCGGAGAGCUGGAGGGUCCCGAGCUAGCCGGGAGGCAGAAGAGGCAGAAGAGGAAAGAGACCGAGCUAGCAGCUCCAGUGUGGGACAGGAGCUGAAGGGACAUACCGCGUCAACCCCAGCUGGGCUCCGGCGACCGCCAAGGCUUUUUGCAGCGCGGCGGCUAAAGCCGCCGCCUCAGAGCUGCCCUUUACUCUUCGGUGAAGUUUUUAAAAGCAGCUAGAGACUCGGAGGAAGCAAGGAAAGUGCCGGGUAGGACUGACAGUUGCCUUUGUCCUCCACCCCUCCACCCCGCCCCACCCCCUUCUGGGUCUCCUCUCCUGUUGCCGCUUGGCCCGCUCCUCUCUUCCCGUCCCCCUAACCGCCCCCCCCCCCCUAGUUGGCCCUGCGUGGCCAGCCCGAAUUUGCAGAGAGGUAACUCCCUUUGGCUUCGAGCAGGCAAGCUAGCUGCACGUUACAAAGACGGCUCUGGGGAUCCAGGCGACUGGUGAACCGCUUCAGCAAAGCACUGCAGCUGGGACCUGGCUAGUUAGGCUGUACACGGGGCGGGCCUCCAGGUUCUCUUCAUUCCCUUUCCAGCUCCUUCUGCACGCAGCAGCCACCCCCACCCCCUCCAGUUUGCAGGGCCUGAGACCAAACAAUGAAAGGGCAGUCAGGGCUUCAGUAGACCAUUAAAAAGAAAAAGAAAAAUCCCAAACAAAACAAACCUCCAAACCCAAAAUAAAACAAAAAGAAAAUAACCCGGUUCUUAAUUGCACCUGCUUCAGUGGAUACUGAAUUUGGAAGGCAGAGGGUUUUCCUUGUUUUUGUUUUUGUUUUGUUUCCUUCAAGAGUUGGGCAUCUUUUGAAUCUACCGUCCCAAGAUUUCAGUAACAGACUGUGAGACUAGCAGGGCAGAUCGUGUACAACGCGUGUUUUCCUGUGCAGGAGAUUUUGAGGCUGUCAGAGUGCUUUUCCGUGGUUAUUCCUGCAAGUUUCCUUCCCAAGAGCUUCCCGCAGGUGGGCAGCUAACUGCAGCGACUACCGCAUCGCAGCCUGUUGAACUUCUCAGCUAGACAAGGGGAAACAGGAUAAAGGAAUUCGGUGGAAGAGUCAGGCAAGCUCAAGGAUGGAGGUGCAGUUAGGGUUAGGGAGGGUCUACCCCAGGCCACCGUCCAAAACCUAUAGAGGAGCUUUCCAGAACCUAUUCCAGAGCGUGCGCGAAGUGAUCCAGAACCCGGGCCCCAGGCACCCUGAGGCCACGAGCGCAGCACCUCCCGGCGCCCGUUUGCAGCAGCAGCAGCAACAACAGCAGCAGGAGCAGACCAGUCCUCAGCAGCAGCAGCAGCAGCAGCAGCAGCAGCAGCAGCCUGAGGAUGGCUCUCCCCAAGCCCAGAGCAGAGGCCCUACAGGCUACCUGGCCCUGGACGAGGAACAGCAGCCUUCACAACAGCAGUCCGCCCCUAAGGGUCAUCUGGAGAGAGGCUGCGUUCCAGACACUGGAGCUGCUUCAGCCACCGGCAAGGGGCUGCAGCGGCAGCAACCAGCACCACCGGACGAGGAUGACUCAGCUGCCCCAUCCGCGUUGUCCCUGCUGGGCCCCAGUUUCCCGUGCUUAAGUAGCUGUUCCGCCGAUCUUAAAGACAUCCUGAGCGAGGCCGGCACCAUGCAACUCCUUCAGCAGCAGCAGCAGCAGCAGCAGCAGCAGCAGCAGCAGCAGCAGGAGGUGGUAUCCGAAGGCGGCAGCAGCGAGAGAACAAGGGAGGCCACUGGUGCUCCCACCUCCUCCAAGGACAGUUACCUAGGGGGCAGUUCAACCAUCUCGGACAGCGCCAAGGAGUUGUGUAAGGCAGUGUCAGUGUCAAUGGGCUUGGGUGUGGAGGCACUGGAACAUCUGAGUCCUGGGGAGCAGCUUCGGGGGGAUUGCAUGUACGCCCCGCUCCUGGGAGUUCCACCCGCUGUGCGUCCUUGCGCCCCACUGGCCGAAUGCAAAGGUUCUGUGCUGAAUGAUGGCCCUGGUAAGGGCACCCAAGAAACUGCUGAGUAUUCCCCUUUCAAGUCAGGUUAUGCCAAAGGGUUGGACGGCGACAGCCUGGGUUGUUCUGGCAGCAGUGAAGCAGGGGGCUCCGGAACACUUGAGAUGCCCUCCACCCUGUCUGUCUACAAGUCUGGAGCACUAGAUGAAGCGGCAGCUUAUCAGAGUCGCGACUACUACAACUUUCAGCUCGCCCUGGCUGGGCCGCCUCCCCCUCUUCCCCCUCCCCAUCCUCAUGCCCGCAUCAAGCUGGAAAACCCGCUGGACUAUGGGAGCGCCUGGGCGGCAGCAGCGGCACAAUGCCGCUAUGGGGACCUGGCUAGCCUGCAUGGCGGGGGUGCAGUGGGACCCAGCUCAGGCUCACCCUCAGCCACCGCCUCUUCUUCCUGGCAUACUCUAUUCACAGCAGAAGAAGGCCAGCUGUAUGGGCCCUGUGGCGGGAGUGGAGGCGGCAGCACUGGCGAGUCAGGGUCUGUGACCCCCUAUGGCUACACUCGGCCACCACAGGGGUUGACGGGCCAAGAAGGUGACUUCCCUCCACCUGAUAUGUGGUAUCCUGGUGGUGUGAUGAGCAGAGUGCCCUAUCCAAGUCCCAGUUGUGUCAAAAACGAGAUGGGCCCCUGGAUGGAGAGCUACUCCGGACCCUAUGGGGACAUGCGUUUGGAGACUUCCAGGGACCAUGUCUUACCCAUUGACUAUUACUUUCCGCCCCAGAAGACCUGCCUGAUCUGCGGUGAUGAAGCUUCUGGCUGUCACUAUGGAGCUCUCACUUGUGGAAGCUGCAAAGUGUUCUUUAAAAGAGCCGCUGAAGGGAAACAGAAGUACCUGUGUGCCAGCAGAAAUGAUUGCACCAUCGAUAAAUUCCGAAGGAAAAAUUGUCCAUCUUGUCGCCUACGGAAAUGCUAUGAGGCAGGAAUGACUCUGGGAGCCCGGAAGCUGAAGAAACUUGGUAAUCUGAAACUACAGGAGGAAGGGGAGGCUUCCAAUGCCAUCAGCCCCACUGAGGAGCCAACCCAGAAGCUGACAGUGUCACACAUUGAAGGCUAUGAGUGUCAGCCCAUCUUUCUGAAUGUCCUGGAAGCCAUUGAGCCAGGCGUGGUAUGUGCUGGACACGACAACAACCAGCCCGACUCCUUUGCAGCCUUGCUCUCUAGCCUUAAUGAAUUGGGCGAAAGACAACUUGUACAUGUGGUCAAGUGGGCCAAGGCCUUGCCUGGCUUCCGCAACUUGCACGUGGAUGACCAGAUGGCAGUCAUUCAGUACUCCUGGAUGGGGCUUAUGGUGUUUGCCAUGGGCUGGCGGUCCUUCACCAAUGUCAACUCCAGGAUGCUCUACUUUGCCCCUGACCUGGUUUUCAAUGAGUACCGCAUGCACAAGUCCCGGAUGUACAGCCAGUGUGUACGAAUGAGGCACCUCUCUCAAGAAUUUGGAUGGCUCCAAAUCACCCCCCAGGAAUUUUUGUGCAUGAAGGCACUGCUGCUAUUCAGCAUUAUUCCAGUGGAUGGGCUGAAAAAUCAAAAAUUCUUUGAUGAACUUCGAAUGAAUUACAUCAAGGAACUUGAUCGUAUCAUUGCUUGCAAGAGAAAAAAUCCCACAUCCUGCUCAAGGCGCUUCUACCAGCUCACCAAGCUCCUGGACUCUGUGCAACCUAUUGCACGAGAGCUGCAUCAGUUCACUUUUGACCUGCUAAUCAAGUCCCACAUGGUAAGCGUGGACUUUCCAGAAAUGAUGGCAGAAAUCAUCUCUGUGCAAGUGCCCAAGAUUCUUUCUGGGAAAGUCAAGCCCAUCUAUUUCCACACACAGUGAAGCUUUGGAGACCCCCAUUUUCUCACCCUACCCUACUCCCCUUUUCACAUAUCUUUUGCCUGUUACAAUCCUGCACUACUUCUUUGCAGUGCCUUGGGGAAUUUCCUCUUUUGAUGUACAAUCUGUCAUGAAGAUGUUCCUGAGUUCUAUUUGCUAAACUUUUUUUUCCCCUCUUUUCCUCCUUUCUUUUUUUCCCUUCCUAUCUGACCCUCCCAUGGCUCUUUCAGAUUCUGCUCCCUGCCAUGGCUCUUAUCUGUGUUUUGAAUGGUGUUGUAUUUCUUUAAAUCUGUGAUGAUCCUCAUGUGGCCCAGUGUAAAGUUGUGCUUGUUUAUAGCACUGCACUGUGUGCCAGCCAUGCAAACGUUUACUCACUUAAUGCCACGGGAAGUUUAGAGAGCUAAGAGUAUCUGGGAAAACAAAAACAAAAACAAACAAUGCCCCUAAAACCAAAAAUCCUUGCAGGGUUUUUUUCCCUCUUAAAAAAUAUAAAAACAAGCACAAUUCCUCAAAGAGACCAACAGUGACUACAGUAAGGUGAAAAUUGCAAGCGCAUGGGGAGUCACUGAUUUUGUUUUUUUCCAAACUCAGCCUCCCUGGGAAACUUUCUUUUAUGCCAAUGGCUAUUGCCAUUAGAGGACAGAAUGACCACAAAGAUUAGUUAGAAGUGGGAUGAGGGGAGGAGACAGAUUUAAGAGAUGAUGGGAGGAAGAAGACAGAUGGAUCACCAGUACCUGCCCACAACCUUGGCCCCUGAUGGCUAGACUGCAUUAACUGCAGUGCAAUUCAUGGUACUGAAAAUGUGCUUCUUGUUUGAAAGCGUGUCUGCAUGUGAAUACCUUCCCUACAACCAACACUUUUUCUCUCUCACUGUCUGCCUCCACCCUCGAAUUGACUUUCAGUAAGCCUUUCUAAGAGCUUUGAACUGAAUGUUCUCUUUAGCCAAAACUUUGUCACUUCCACUAAAGAUUCAAACCAGUAAGAAAGAAGGGAGAGAUCUGAUCCUUUGGAAGACCCUAUACAGAUUGAGGUCUGCUUUCCCAUUUAUGCAUCAGGGAAGAGGUUGGGGCUGGAGUCAGAGGAAAAGGAAUUGAUGGCUUGGUGGUUUUCCUGCUUAGGGCACUCUUUGCCCUUACCUUUAAAAGAUCUGAAUGUUUUCUGCCUGAUGCCAUGCAGCUGAAAGCUCCCUCUUACCCUCCCUUCAGUGUUUUGUGUGCCUAGACUUCACUAGACUGUGUUAUAGCCAUGGUGGUGAUGUUUGUCCAUUAUUUGGGCAUGUUCACAGACUCUCUGCUAAGAGCUCCUACCACCAAGAAGGCCAGCAAGCCAAGAGUCUUGACAUCUGUCUCUAGACACCUGUAGACCAAAAACUUCUUACCAAAUGUCUUUCAUCAACUAUCUGAUCUCUGGAGCCCUUAGAGAAACUGGAAAGAAGGCAUCAAUGGGAUUGGACAAGCUGGGCAUCUUGCCCUUGUCCCUUAGAGAUGAUACCUUCCUACCAAGUGGAAAAAUACCUACUUCUUCCUCCAGGGCAGCUAAAGGGGCUAUGAAGGUCAGGGUUAAAGGGAAAACUCAAUUACCAGAAUGAGAAGAAUGAAGGCACUAGAACCACAAACCCUGUAAAUGCUCUACUUGCCACCCAGCAUAUCCACCUACAGAAGUCAUGGGAAGAAGAGAGAAGAAACUAAGAGGAGACUGACUACUAAAUUAAAGUCUUCAGAGGCAAAAUCUAAAGCCAGAUGAGCACCAUCUGGUCAGUUUACUCAUCAUCAUCCUCUGCUGCUGAUUCUGGACUCUGAUAUCAGCCCUACUCACUCAGACUCCCCACCUUUGUUGCUGCCUCUCAGUCAGAGGAAGACUGAAACAAUUAUACUAUAGAACCAUCACCUCUUUUGGAAAGUUCUGGUUGGUGUGGCUCCAAUGGGCUGCCAUCCAUGAACUCAGGGUGUGCUCCCAGGACACUGGUUUCAUAUAGUCCUUUGGCACACCUCUAUUUUGUUGACUUUGUCCCCCAAUCCUGAGUUCAGGAGGAAUGUCCACCUACUUUCUCAUCUUGGCAACUGCCUCCUCGCUUAGCUCUUAAAGUCAUCUGUUAAACUCAAGAAAUGAGGGGCAUGUUACCAAGCUACCCAUUUCAGUUGGUUCACUCUACUUGUUGAGAAGAUAGUAUCUGAGUGACAUGUUAUUAUCUACAUGGGUUUCCUCCUCUGAUUUGUGUUGAUAUUAAUAGCCAAAUGAACUUGCAAAACAGCUUUUUUAAAUAACAAGGGAAAGGGGAACCUAAGAUAGGUGAUAUACCAGUCUAAGACUGCUGGACAAAAUUAAAGCUGACAGGUUCUCUUUCUGAGGUGGGAUAGACAAAUUAUGGUUUUCUUUGUUAUGACAUCAUUUGGCUUGUAUAGGCUCACAAGAUUACUUCUAGCUGUUUUAAA